UGCAACACUUGACUUCUUCUUCUUCCUCCUCCUCUUCUUCAUAGAAUCAGCUAUAUCUAUCAAUGGAUUUUUUCAAGGUGUCUCACAGAAUCAUCAAAAUUCUGGUUUCACUUUCUCUCUUGUCCCUUCUUCUCUCAUUGCUUCCCUUACUGUUCCAAUCACUCAGGCCCUUCUUCAACGAAUUUUCCGUCAACAAGUACUACGUCUUCCUCUUCUGCAAUGGCCUCAUGGUUUUCAUCGCCAAGAACUCUGGUGUCCAUGCCGAUUCCUCUUCUCAUCAGUUGAAGGAUUUGGAUAUUGUUGCAGCACCACCAGUUAUUAAUUCCCUAGAAAAUGGUAUGGUAGCUGAUUCCCCAGAGCAAGAAGAAGAAGUAGAAGAGGAAGAGGAAAAGAGAAUUAUAGUGGCUGAUUCUCAGGCCAAGAACUCUGGUGUCCAUGCCGAUUCCUCUUCUCAUCAGUUCAAGUAUUUGGAUAUUGUUGCAGCACUACCAGUUAUUAAUUCCCCAGAAAAUGGUAUGGUAGCUGAUUCCCCUGAGCAAGAAGAAGUAGAAGAAGAAGAGGAAAAGAGAAUGAUAGUGGCUGAUUCUCAGGAAGAAAACGAAGUUGCUGACAUUGAUGACACAGAGGUAGAAGAUGAAGUAGUUACUGUCACAGAGAAAAACGAAGAAGAUGAAUGUGAAGAAGAAGAGCAUGGGGUAGAGGAAUUAAACAAGAAAUGUGACGAUUUUAUCAGAAAGAUGAAAGCAGCAUUCUGUUCGGAGCCAAGAUGAGGUGAUGAUUACAGUCACAGUAGUUAUGAUUAUUCUGAUCUUGUUCAUCAUCAUCAGACAGCGUUGGUGACUGAAUAUAUUGAUAUCUAAGCUCUGCAAUAAACACUUGAAAUUGCAUCCCAAAACAUUACAUAUUUUGUUUGCUUUGUAAUGUUUGUGUUGUAUUGUAUCUCAUAUAUGUUAUUAGGCCACCCAGAUUUUUGCUUGUAGCUAGGGAUUUUAAUUCUGGCUUACAUGUUCAUUUCUGAGUGUGUUGGGUGCAGUUUGAUGUACAAUGUUGUGUUGUAAUGAGAGGAUCAAUCUUAGAAUCGUCGAGUAGCAAUCUAUUAUGUUCAAUAGUUUCUUGUGUGUGUGUCUCUCUCUCUCAGG